GCAAGGCUCACCACAUCGAGAUCAGGGACGUUGAUGGACAGACGCUGCUGAAGCUGGUGGAUUAUAUUUACACAGCAGAGAUCGAAGUGUCUGAGGAUAACGUUCAGGACAACAGGGGAGCACUCUGGGUUCAGGCUAAUACCGGGCCCGGAGCAGUCUCACCGGACAGGGGAAGAGUACUCCAAAUUUGGAAGAAACUGCUGGGCUCGGAGCCCUCUCCCCGGACAGCACGCCAAAUACGCAUACCGUUUAACCUGCAUUACUAUCUGCAUUGGCGAACUCGUGAAUUAUCUAUUGAUGAAUAUCACGUGUGUUUGAAUUCAAAUCCUCCUAUAAAACGUAUUCACAUAUAGCCUACUGGGCUGGGGACUCGACGUUGGUAGAGCGACGCAAGUGGGUGUGGCUUCAGCGCCAACAGCGGACACGCCCCCAGCAUUUGAGAGCAGAGAGUCCUGCCUAUUUUUUCAAGAUUUUGAUAACUUAUUUUAUUUUUUUAUUGUUUUUUUUCGCCAUUCAAAUUUGGCUGGGUGGUUAAUAACACACUUUUCUGUUGUGUGACAAACUCAGAACACAUAUUUUAAUGUCACUUUACUCUGACUUUAAAUAAAUGAUAUAAAACUAAAUAAAGUAGUAUUAUUAACUGACAAGUAUUACAAAUGAUAGAAUUAUACAUUAAAGUAUGGAUUUCAAAGUUAGACUUUGAAUGUUGAUGUAAUUUCCGCUAUUGCACACACAUAUCUUACACAAAGUAUUAAGUUUUAUUACAUCAGAAGUAACUGUAAUUAAAUUACAUAAAAAAUGAGAGUAAACCCUUACUUUACUUUUCAAGGGAAAAGUAAUUCAAUUACAGUAACUAAUUACUUAGUAACUAGUUACACCCAACACUGAUUGCUAGCCAUCGUAAAUUCAGUCCACUGGCUGUCUGUUUACUUUUAUGUAAAGUGUGAAUGAUUUUCUUUGUUUUGUUUUCUUAAAGGGGGCGUAAAUACUGUUUCAUGCAUUCUGACUUCUUUACACUGUUAAACGUGCUGGAUUCUCAUGCUUAACAUGGGCAAAGUGUUAAAAAAUGAGUUGGACAUAUAACGUAGUAUUUCUAUGCCAAAUACACUCCCUCAAAUGGCUCUUCAUUACGUAAUAGCGGUCCUUAUACCUUAUAUGGUAUAGCUCCGUGUUAAGUGGUAAGAGCAUGGCGCUAACAACACCAAGGUCGUGGGUUCGAUACCAGGGGAUUGCACAUACUUAGAAACAAAUGUAUAGGAUAAUGCAAUGUAAGUCGCUUUGGAUAAAAGAGUCUGCUAAAUGUAAAUGUAAUAUGGGCAGUUUCCUAAGGAAUAGAACAUGCGCACACAUCAACCAGAACGAGAGAAAGAUAACGCCCAUCAAUGUGCUUCGUUCGGGUUACGGAAUUUCAGCUGUGCAUGUGUGUUUGUUUGUUCACGGGAUGUGGGUGAUGAAUAUUAUAUAACCGGUGAAUAUCACGCUGGAUUUGCAAAUAAUUUGAAACUAAUAGUGGUCCCAGCACUAACCACAUGCGGUGAAACUGCAUCAAACGUCUGUGUUUUGUUGGCAGUCGCCGCGUACGUGCAUAAUGUAAACAACACAAACUACUGUUUUUGGAAAUAAUCGUACAGCUGUCUCUGUCUUUCAUAAAUGUGAUCAAACUAAAGACUCUUCAGAGAUAUGAAGUAUGCAAUACUAGUCUAUAGGUACUCAAGAUUAACAUGUGAUUGGCAGAUUGCAUGUGUUACCUCCGCUUUAAUAAAUUCUGCUGUGACCAGGUGUUGCUCCCUGCUGCCAGCCUGCUGCAGUUGAUGGAUGUUCGGCAGGUUUGCUGUGACUUCCUGCAAGCCCAACUCCAUCCCACCAACUGCCUGGGCAUCCGAGCGUUUGCUGAUCUUCACGCCUGCAUAGGAUUGCUUAGUGUGGCUCACUCAUAUGCAGAGCAGCACUUCACAGACGUCAUGCUUGGCGAGGAGUUCAUGGCCCUCUCAUUGCAGCAGGUGUGCUGUCUCAUCUCUAGUGACAAACUGACGGUGUCCACUGAGGAGAAGGUUUUUGAGGCUAUGGUCGCGUGGAUAAAGCAAGAUAAGGAGGCCCGUCUGGAGCACAUGCCAAAGCUGAUGGAACAUGUUCGGCUGCCACUGCUGUCCAGAGACUACCUAGUUCAGAUUGUGGAGGAGGAACCCUUAAUUAAAAACAACAACACGUGUAAAGAUUUUCUCAUCGAGGCGAUGAAGUAUCAUCUUUUACCUGCUGAUCAAAGGCAUCUUAUAAAGACUGACAGAACCCGACCACGCACGCCCAUCAGUUUGCCAAAGGUGAUGAUGGUGGUAGGCGGUCAGGCUCCUAAAGCCAUCCGCAGUGUGGAGUGCUAUGACUUCCAGGAGGACCGCUGGUACCAGGUGGCAGACUUACCCUCCAGACGCUGUCGAGCAGGUGUGGUGUUUAUGGCUGGUAAGGUGUAUGCAGUUGGAGGGUUUAACGGCUCCUUGCGCGUGCGGACAGCGGACGUUUACGAUGGGUUGAGGGAUCAGUGGAGCUCUGUUCCCAGCAUGCAGGAGCGGCGCAGCACUUUGGGUGCAGCUGUAUUAGGGGACCUACUGUAUGCUGUCGGGGGCUUUGACGGAAGUACAGGCCUGUUGUCAGUUGAGGCAUAUAGUCCCAAGACUAACGAGUGGACGUUUGUAGCUUCCAUGAACACCAGACGCAGCAGUGUCGGGGUGGGCGUAGUGGAUGGGAAGCUGUAUGCUGUUGGAGGAUAUGAUGGAGCGUCCCGUCAGUGUCUGAGUACUGUAGAGGAGUAUAAUCCAACCAGUAAUAAGUGGAGCUAUGUGGCGGACAUGAGCACCAGACGCAGCGGAGCUGGUGUCGGAGUGCUCAAUGGACAGCUGUACGCUGCAGGUGGGCAUGAAGGUCCUCUGGUGAGGAAGAGUGUGGAGGUCUAUGACCCCUCUACUAACACCUGGAGGCAGGCGUGUGACAUGAACAUGUGCAGGAGGAACGCAGGGGUGUGUGCCAUAGAUGGGUUGCUGUAUGUCAUCGGAGGAGACGAUGGCUCAUGCAACCUGUCUUCUGUGGAGUACUACGACCCUGCUGCUGAUAAAUGGAGCCUCAUUCCAACCAACAUGAGUAACGGCCGCAGCUACGCAGGGGUGUCUGUUAUUGACAAGCCUUUAUGACUAAAAGUCCUGGGCAGUGGGUCCAUGCACACCUGUCCAGGGAUCAGCUGUGACAGACAGACAGUGAUCUGAGGCAGAAUCUGGAUGAACCUUACAGUCUAAUGGAUCCUCGUGAAGCUGCUUGAUCUUAAAGCUCAGAGCAUUACACACGCACACAGAUUCCUGAUCUCUCCAAGUAUCCAGAAAGUGCCAUUUAUCUCUGUUGUUUUUAAAAGAGAGGCCACCACACGGUCCCUCUGUACAACAAGACCUCGUUUAAAGUGACCCGCUUGGACUGAAUCAGGCUGGGUAGAGCGUUUAAGAGAUUGACUGAAUGAUCUACGCCCCGCGCAGACUGACUGGUGUGGAAAUCCGAGUGGUAGUCUGUGUGCAGGUGAAGAUUGUGCCAACAAAGACCCUCCCUCCCUGCUUGCUUUACUACUGACUUUACAAUGCUCUUAGCAAAUACACUUGCAUUGGCAGUGCAGUUACUAUCACAGACUCAAAAUGACGUCUCAGCGUUUCCACAGUAUAAAUGCAUAUCGCACCCCUUUACCUAGAUCAGGGUUCAUACUCACAAAAAUACAAUACUCUGAUUGUAUUUCACUCACUUGUUUUUUGUUACAGGGUUACUUAUUUUAGGUUUGUAUGAAAAGUAUUAUGGAAACACAACCGCAAAGAAAUGAAUACUUGUUUGAAAAUUGACUUAAUAAGCAGCUUUUGUGCCAUAAUGUAUGUUAUCGUCAAAGAUGUUUAAACGGGAAACAUCAUAUAAAUCUCACAGGGUAAUGUGCCAAAUGUAACAUAAUUAUAUAUAGAGAAUACUAUAAUAUGUAUAUAAGCACUUGUCAUGUGGCAGUUUUGGUGUGGAGUCGUCCAUGUUGGACAUACAGAGCCUUAAUAUCUUUCUUUUAAGACUUUCUCUUAAUUCUACAACUCUGUCUGUACAGUAUAUGCAUUUUCCUGAAAUUGCACUGGCUAGGGAAUCUAUCUGCCAAACAUAACAGAAUCUUAGUAAAAAUUGCACUGAACAUCUUAUACAGCAGAGCUGGUACUUUUGCAAUGGCAGGUAAACAACCUGGCACAGGUUAAUAUUUUACAAGCACAAUUCAUUUGCAGCACACCGCUUUAUUUAUUUUAUUGUGGCAUAGGCUGAUAUACUGAAUCAUUUGAAUCUAUAACUGGAAAUGUAAAGACUUUCAAUAGUCCUAAACAUGAUCAUUGUACAUUUUUUAACAAUAUAAAGCUUUAACUUCGUUUGCAGUGGAUCCUACCUGUUUACAAAACAUUGCUCCAUUAUUCUGCCCAUAAAUUCUCCCACGGACCUUUAAUUUGUCAAUGGACAAACGGUAUACUGAUACAACACACUAUGCAGAAAGACACAGCUUUGCAAGGUUUUAACAUUACGAGGCAAGAAUGUUCCCAGGAGCUUUUUUGGCAUUAGGGCUGGUGUAACUGCUGCCACUAUCUUUGAUGUUUUUAUAAAUCAUAAUCAUAACAGUAAAACUAAUUAUUAUGACAUUCAAAUGUGGUGCGUCAUCUAUGAAUUAUGCACAAAUGUGGUUUUAUGGACAUAACAUAUUGAUGUAUUUCUAAGGAUAUAAUAAUAAAUUAAUGAAAAGCUUUGUUAUGAGGAUUUGUUUUGUUUCUUUUGUUGAGAUACUGUGAGAUGCAAUAAGCCGCCACUUGAUGGCAGCAGUGACUCAUAUAUGAAGACUUAAGUGAAAAGCGA